UCCUUGCUUAGUUUCCCUGUCCGAGCAAUUCUUAGAAGAUUCGUUUUAAAUUUCUAUGGCGAAUAGUACUGCAGACUGGCAGAGUCAUACAAUACGUGUCCAAGAAGGCAUAAGCAUGGUCAUCACCUGCGCCUCCAUGCUGCUCAUCUGCCUCAACUUCCUCAUUGCGGCCACCAAGCACCGGCUUUGGCACUCCAAUUCCCCAAUCGACAAACUGCACAAGUACGUCCUUAACCAGAUACUGGAGCCGCUCAUGAACCUAGCCACCUUCUAUCUGCUCUCCAAGCCCUUGAAGAACAUCUACCUCGUCUGGGGUGUGAUCUUGAUGAUCGCCAACGGCACUCUCACUUGCAUCGCCGAUGCCUUCACCCUUUCCGACUCCAACUCCAUGAGACUCUUCUUCAUCGGGCUGCUUAGCUACAAUCUGAUCGGCUAUUGCCAGGACAUCCAAAAAGCUGAUCCCUUUUCCCACUUCGUCAUCAACCUGUGGGCGAUUUGGGGCUUGAUCAUCCUGAAGACGGUGGAGAAGUUCUUCAGCUUUUGGGCUGCCAAACGCGCGUUCGGAACAGAUAGGACCAACUUCAUAUCUGACUACAUGCGAUUUGAGCAUAAGCUGAGCACCGGCACUCCCAAUCCCGUCUCGAUGCGAGGUUAUAAAUACAUUGUGAGCGGAGAAGACAAAGUAUCAUUUGAGACAGAGGUAGCAGAUGACCGCCAGGCGCAUAUCGUCAUCGCAAACGAGUUGAGCGAUGAAGUGGUGACGGUGGAGAGGGUGUGGCACUGCAGAGGUCAGCUGCUCGGACUCAAAAUGGACCCAGAUGCGAAAUUCAAGGAUGUAUGUCUCUCCUUCGCCUUGAUGAAGCUGCUGAAAAGAAGGUUUCACGAUUACCCUACUGAGGAACUAAACCAAGUAUCCAAGAACACGACAUUGGUCUUACAGGGGCUCCUUGACUCGCAGGACAAUAACAGGGCCUUUCGGGUGAUCGUGACAGAGUUAGGGUUCUUAGAAGACAUCUUCUUUUCCCAGUAUCCUAUUAUUUUCGGUUGUGGAUUUCCGAUCUACAAUUAUCUUCUGUCUCUGUUGUUGUUGGGAGCCACCGGUUGCCUCGCCAACACAGCUUAUUCUGACACAGACGAUCUGGGAGGCAACGAUAUUGAUCUUUAUAUCACUUUUGUUCUCGUAGCCAUGAUCAUUAUCAUGGAGAUCACUGAAACAGCCACUUACUUGUUCUCCGACUGGAACAAAGUGACGUUACUGAUCAACUACGUAAAGUUUCCAUGGCUACAAAAAUCAUCUUUUAUCAACACGGCGCUUCGAUUCUUGUGCAAGAUAAAGAUCUUGCAACCUGUGCGCGAUACAAUCGGACAGUACUCGCUCCUUGAACAGUGCGGCAAGUUCUCGAUCAGAGCUAAGCUGUGCAAUAGCAGGGCAACCUGCGGCAAUGGGGUCAUGAAAUUCUGCCGUGCAUCUGUCAAAUUACCCGACGAGGCGAAGAGCAUGAUCUUGGAUCAGCUCCGUCAGUUAAGCCGAGGCCCCCUCUCCAACGGUGAGUCGUCACUGCGUCGAAAUGGGAUGGAAGAACUGGGCUGGACCUGCAAGCUUCCGGCCAGCACGCAGACGAUUCUGAUAUGGCACAUUGCCACUUGCUUCUGUGAAACAAUCAGACCAUCGAGAAGGCCUCUCGCGUCGUCGGGAAAGGAGGUCGCCACCGCUCUAUCGAAGUACUGCGCGUACCUCGUUGUCUUUGUUCCGGAUUUGCUGCCGGAUCAGGGCAACAGAGCAAAAAGAGUCUUAGACAAGGUGGUGAGUGAGAUCGACGACCUUCUGGAGGGGGCCAAAGAUGAGAGCGAAAUGUGGAAGAAGAUGAUGGAGCUUGAAUCGAGAAAAAAGGGCACGAUAGUGGAGAUGGGUGCUGAGUUGGGGAAGACGUUGGUGGAAUCCAUCAGUGAUGAGAACAAAAGAUGGAAGGUGCUGGCGGAGUUCUGGGUAGAGUACGUCCUGUACCUUGCACCGUCGGACAACGUUCAAGCUCACCGAGAAAACCUUGGUUCCGGAGGGGAGUUCAUAACCCAUCUGUGGGUUCUCCUGUAUCAUGCAGGCGUUCUUGAGCGGCCGGAGAUAGCUCCAAACACCUACCCGUGAUGGUGCGUCUGCACACUUGCGUUGUUACUCGAUCCAACAAUGACUUAGAAGAACUUCCUAAAUAAAGAAGGUACUACAUAAACUGUUUUAUAAUGUUAGUAUAGAUGAAAUAUCGAAUAAAAUUCUUGUUAUUUGAAUUUAGUUUGUUUA